AUAUUAAACCCUCACGAGAUAAGACCCAAAACCAGCAUAUCCGUCUCGUCAACAACACUUGUGUUUUUAUUACACGACAACUAACAGUACCUCAACUCUCAAGCCUCAAACUCUUAACUCUACAUACACUAAUACAGUCAAGGUCUCCUCCUCCAAUAGUCUAUAUAUACAGUAGUACACAACAGCUAGACUGAUUCAGAAAACAUCAUGGGUUUAAAACUAGAGUUGUUAUUGUUUGUGAUACUUUUUGUUAGUUCAUGUGAGCUGAGGAUCUGUAGUGGAGAUGGGAAAUUGAGGUUUGGUAAGAAUGGGGAGUUUAAGAUACUUCAAGUGGCUGAUAUGCACUUUGCUGACGGCAAGAAAACGCCGUGUCAGGAUGUGUUGCCGGAGCAGAUGAAGGCCUGCUCCGACCUCAACACCACCGCCUUUAUUCGGCGGAUGAUCCGAGCGGAAAAACCGGAUUUCAUUGUUUUCACCGGGGACAACAUAUACGGUUCUGAUGCAACAAAUCCUGCAGCUUCUAUGAAUGCAGCAUUCGCCCCUGCUAUAUCCUCAAAAAUCCCAUGGGCAGCUGUGUUAGGCAAUCACGAUCAAGAAUCAACGCUGUUAAAUAGGGAAGGUGUGAUGAAAUAUAUUACUGGUAUGAACCACACAGUGUCGAAAUUGAACCCCACUCGUUUCCAUACAAUUGAUGGUUAUGGAAACUACAAUCUCGAAGUCCACGGUUCUGAGGGUUCGAGGUUUGUGAAUAAAUCUGUACUCAAUCUAUACUUCCUUGAUAGCGGAGAUUACUCUACUGUGCCGGACAUCCCUGGCUAUGGCUGGAUCAAACCCUCUCAGCAGUAUUGGUUUCAACAAACUUCUGCGAAGCUUCAGAAAGCAUACAAAGCAAAGCCAGUGCCUCAGAAGAAUCCUGCUCCUGGUCUUGCGUAUUUUCACAUUCCUCUACCUGAGUACGCAAACUUUGAUUCUUCAAACUUCACAGGUGUUAGACAAGAAGGGAUCAGCUCUGCUUCUAUCAACUCUGGCUUCUUCACAACUUUGGUAGAAGCAGGUGACGUGAAGGCUGUUUUCACAGGCCACGAUCACCUGAAUGACUUCUGUGGUGAGUUGACUGGUAUACAUCUCUGCUAUGCUGGAGGAUUUGGGUAUCAUGCUUAUGGUUUGGCUGGUUGGUCAAGAAGGACGAGGGUAGUGGUUGCAUCUUUGGAGAAGACACCGAAGGGUGGUUGGGGUGCUGUCAAGUCCAUUAAAACAUGGAAGCGACUAGAUGAUAGACAUCUAACUACUAUUGAUAGUCAAGUGAUCUGGAAAAAGGGUUCUUCUGGCAGUCCCGGAGAAAAUGCAAUUGGGGGUGCUUAAAAGUAUGGGUAAGGUAGCAUAUAUAUAAAGAUAGCAUCCCACUUUUGAAGAAUACAGAUGGCUGCAGAGGAGCAUACAGUACAGUGUUGAAGAGAAGAUGACAUCUUCAAUUGAGUUGCAUUUGAGAUGGUGGAGUUCACAGACCAUAUUAAAGUUUUUUGUUUUUUAUUUUUGUCAGCCUAAUAAAGUUAUUACUUGUUAUGUACAAAUUAUUUAUGAAUGACUUUUGCUUAGCACAACUUUUCAAGUUCACAACCUUUUGCCUUUCCAAGCUUUAGAUCUUCCAAACCUUUGGCCUUUCAUUAUCUUGUAACCUAUGAUUAGAUAGCCUAUAUAAAGGCUUGGGUUGUACAUUGUUGAUACACAUGAAUAAGAUGAAGAUUAUCCUCUCAAAAGUUUCUCUCUAGUUUCUAGUAUAUCUAUUAUAUAAAUAUAACACGUUAUCAGCACGAAGUUUUUAUA